GAAAGAGAUUUGGCCUCCAUAGAAACCGACCGCCAUCAACAAAAAAAGUAAAAACCCACAAAAAUUGCAUAACUGAGCAUUGAAAGCCAAACUGAUCAAUAGAUUUUCUUGGAGAAGUCAAUCCCCCUCUCAUGCUAAAUAUAUGAUAAACCCUAAUUUGUCAAAUAUGAUGAUGAAGAUGAUGAGAAAAUCAAGAAACGGAUGGGAGAAAAUAAAUGAGUUCCUCUAUUAGGAAAUUACAGUUUAGGGUAUUUGAGUUUUACAGCCAAUUUUAUUUUCUCCAAGUGUAAUUUCUCUCUCUCUCUAUUGUUUGUUUGUUUCUUGUUAAUUUUCCCUCCCAACAACAUCUUUAACGUUGCCUUCUUUUUGCUUUGCAUAUAAAUUCACCACAUGGGCAACAGCUGUGCUUAGAGGAGUGUGUGUUGUGUGUGUUUUGGUGGGUGGUGGGGACAUUGCUUUUGUCAGCACAAGAAAAAUCCAUUCUUUUUUUUACUCCACUCUCAAUCACUGCACUGCGUUUCCCGCUUCUUCUUGAAUUUCAUUCUCUCUUAUUUGACCCAUUUCUCUCUCCCCUCUCUAUCUCUCUCUCUCUCUUGAGGUGUGGUGUGGAAGCAAGCGAAGUGGGGAUAGAGAGGGAGAGGGAGGGAGAGCGCUAUCUAUCCUCCACAGAAACAAGGGAUGGAGGAGAGGGUUGAGAUUUAUGCGAAGGAGAGUAGCAGAGAGGUGCUAGAGGUGAUGGACACGCCAGAGAGGAGCAAGAACAGCCAGAUCGCAGCGUCCAUUAGCAAAUUUGAGGAUUCCCCGGUUUUCACCUUCCUCAACAGUCUUUCCCCUAUCAAGCCGGUUAAAUCCACACACAUCACUCAGACGAUCAACCCUCUUAGUUUCGCGUCCAUUCCAUCUGUCUUCACUUCGCCUCACGUUAGUUCUGUACGGGAAUCCAGAUUUCUCCGGAGGCAUCAGCUCUCCGAUCCAUCAAAACCUGAGUUUUCUUCCGAUGAUGGGGCCAAACUCGACACAAAUAAGGCGAAUGCAGAUGCUAGUAAGCAAUUGGAUGACCAAAAGGAGAGUGGUGAUGGUGACGUGGCUGCUGAGCCGUCUUAUGAUUGCUCGAAGUUUGUGGUGGAUUUCGCCAAAGAUUAUGAAUGUGCUAGCCCUAACUCCAACUUAAGACCUGGCUGUGGUCUUGAAGGCAAAGGCAUGGCAGAUUACGGUUGCAGUUCUUCAGCCCUUGUUCAGUUGACACGCGAGCCUCCACAGAGGGGUGAAGUGAAUAUUGACGGGGUGAAUCAAAACAGAGAAGCCGCGGGGUCCUGUGAUUGGGAGCAUAUGAUUUCUGAUACCUCCGAGCUGCUAGUCUUUGAAUCUCCCGUUGAUAGAGACUCUUACAGCAAAUCAGUCGAUCCUGGGACGAGUUUCUAUACCGGCAUUAAGAGUGAUAUGCAGAACUUGCACUUGAUUUGUGCAGUGGAUUCUGGCGAGCAUGUUGCCGUGGGAAAUGAAGCUGAAACUUUGUCUACUCAGCCCGGAGAAGGAGACGAGAUGGACAACACUAUAAUUGCCGGUCCAUCAAUGAGCAAUUCUGAUGAAAAAAUGGAUUAUGAGCAACUUGGUUUCUAUCGCGGUAUGAGAAGGCGCUGUUUGGUUUUUGAGAUGGGAGGAGCGCGUAGGAAACAUUUGGAAGAGAAUCCCGUCUCUGAUUCUUCCGUGUGGCUCUGCUCUGAUGGCAAUACGACCUCCAACGACCAGAAGCUAGCCUCCGUAAACAGGGGGAACGAGUCAUCACGUUGUCUUUUGCCUGGCAUUGGCUUGCAUCUAAAUGCUCUUGCAACGACGCCUAAGGACUAUAAAGUUGUUAACCCUGAUUCUUCAUCGUCUGCACGGUUAUUGAUUGGUCCCAGCUCAGUCGUGAAUCUCCACCCAUCUCACCCAUCGAGUGUCGGUCAAGGACUGCUGGACAACAUCUUACCUGCUGCCACAUCAGACAGAGAUGUCGAUAGCAUGGAAAAUGCUGUUUUACCCGCGGAAGAUGCCUGCCCGCUAUCUGCAUACGCAGCAAAUGAAGAGAUCAAUCAGGGGAGUCCAAAGAAGAAGAGACGUAGGACUGAGCAAGCUGGGGAAGGCGAGUCAUGUAAACGAUGCAACUGCAAGAGAUCAAAAUGUCUAAAACUCUACUGUGAAUGCUUUGCUGCUGGGGUGUACUGCGUAGAGCCGUGUGCUUGUAUAGAUUGCUUCAAUAAACCUAUCUACGAAGACACUGUGCUUGCAACGCGCAAACAAAUCGAAUCAAGAAAUCCUCUUGCUUUUGCUCCCAAAGUGAUCAGAGGAUCGGAUUCGCCAUCAGAAAUUGGGGAUGACUCCAGCAAGACUCCGGCUUCUGCUCGUCACAAGAGAGGAUGCAACUGCAAAAAAUCAGGCUGCCUGAAGAAAUACUGCGAAUGCUAUCAGGGUGGCGUCGGAUGCUCCGUUAACUGCAGAUGCGAAGGGUGCAAAAAUGCAUUUGGUAGAAAAGACGGUGAGUUUCCAUCUACGUGUUUCAACUUCACAAGGCGCCGAUCCUUUGCAUUUUCUGAAUCUGUAUUUGGUGUGAUGUUAGGCACGGAAGCUGAAGCCGAAGAGGAAGACGAAACAGAAGCGUCUGAGAAGAGCUCGUCUGACAAGUGUUUGCAGAAGAGUGCAAUGGAGAGCGACGUGGAACACAACACGGACACCGCGCCUCUUGCAACGCCUUUACGUGGAGGAAGGUCAUCGGCUCAGCUCCCGUUUUCCUCAAAGAAGAAGCCACCACGAUCUUCGUUCCCUUCCAUCGCCUCCUCCUCCUCGAGUUUCCUUCCGAGGCAAGGAUUUGGGAAGUCGAGCUUCUUCCCACCACCACCAAAGUUCGAGACAAUCAGAGAAGACGAGAUCCCCGACUUUCUCCAAGGCGGGGGGUCUCCCGAUGGAGGCGUCCAGUCAUCCUCCCCUAACCGGAAGAGAGUGUCCCCACCUCACAAUGCAGGCAGCACGUCCCCCGGCCUCAGGAGCAGCCGGAAGCUCAUCCUCGAGUCGAUACCAUCGUUCCCGUCUCUCACUCCAAACCAGUGAAUCCUCUCUCUUUCUCUCUAGGAGGAACCUUUCUUGCUUACCUCCAUUGUAAUCCUGUAAGAUAUAUGCCAUUUUCACCUCUUUUUUUACAUGCUUGUAAUAUAGUUUUGCUGUUUACCCUAAUAAAACUUCUUGUUUUAUUAAUUCUUGUAUACAUUGUAUUACUAUGCUAGAUUACAUGAAAUCUGCUUUGCUUUCUUUGA